AUGGGAUCGGCUGCGCCAGGUUGUGCAUUUGUUGGAGAAUCAGGCGGUGAUGGGGAGGAUUCUAUCUCUGUUGAAGAAGCUGGAGAUGGCGAUGAGGAGGAAAGUGGCAGUGGGGAAGAAACCGGAGAUGGCAACGGGGAGGGUUCUGUCUCUGUUGAAGAAGCUGGCGAUGGCAAUGGGGAAGAAACCGGAGAAGGCAAUGGGGAGGAUUCUGUCUCUGUUGAAGAAACCGGAGACGGCAAUGUGGAGGAUUCUGUCUCUGUUGAAGAAACUGGCGAUGGCAAUGGGGAAGAAACCGGAGACGGCAAUGGGGAGGAUUCUGUCUCUGUUGAAGAAACUGGCGAUGGCAAUGGGGAAGAAACCGGAGACGGCAAUGAGGAGGAUUCUGUCUCUGUUGAAGAAACUGGCGAUUGCAAUGGGGAUUCAAUAGGUUCUGAAGAUGCGAAAGACAAGGCCGGUCCUAGGCAAUCAGGACUAGCACUAUUGCCGGCAUUGCAAGGGUCGCAAAUGACCUCAGAAAAGAAUGAGAGAAGGGAGGGAACGAGGAGGAGGAGGAUGGAUUUGUUGAGUUCCAUUUUCUUCUAUUGGAGGAGAGAAGAAAAUGGAGAGAGAGAAUGGUGA